CAGUUAAGAAUUUUACAUGUGGGUAAAGAUGGCAACGUGGAAGUUGCUGUUAAAGACUACCUUUGUUGUUGUUCCUGUAACCAUAACAUUCACAGAUGUAGUAGCCAGUUUUAGUAAGGUUAUAGGAGUUUCCAUGCAGCCAUUAUUGAACCCUGAUUGUAAUAGAGGUCAAAAUGACUGGGUGUUACAGAACAGAUUGGCAGCAAAUCAAACUUUACAAAGAGGUGAUAUCAUCACAUUCAUGUCAGGUAUGAGGCAUUUGGAUAUUAAGAAAUACAAAAAGAUCCAGUUAGCAAAGUUUGAGAUCCAAUUUGUUCUACAUUGGAGGACAAGAUCAUUGGUCGAAAGCAG